UGUGCUUUAGAUGCAUACUAUGGAGCACAGUCGGAUUUUUGUUCGCUAAUUGCAGCAAAGUUGACGGGUUAAUUAUCUGCUUCCUGUGUAAUUCUAAGUACAAAUCCAAGCGAAACAAUGUGUUCCAAGGUGGUGUUGUUUCUGUUUGGAGCUGUGUGCAUCACCUCUCAGAUCAGUUCAGCCGUUGAAGAGGUCUACAGUGCUGAGCUGAUGGUGGAAAGUAACGUCACACUGGAUUCCCAGACCAUCCUCAAUGCUUUGUUGGGCAUAAUUAACCUCACAUCGCCCAAUAAUCCACCAGUGACCCUCUCAGACAGUAAACUAGUCGCAGAGUGCCUGAUUAUUGGCACUGACACCCAGUGCAACUGCAGUGCCGGUUACAUUUGGAGCAACCAAGUGUGCUACAAUUUCAACUGUUGCCGUGAAAGUACUUGCACCAAAAAUGUGUCCUACAUCGAACCACUUUGCAUUGCCAAAGUCCAAGUUCGCAUCAAUGGAUCAGUCAUCAAUUCCCUCCAAGGUGAAUCUACAAUAAAAACACAGCUUCAAAACAAAUUUGGAGAACUGAAUGGCUUUGAGUCCCUGAAUGUAACCGGUCAGAGGCAAAGCAACAAGUUUACUGACUUUGAGGCAGCUGUCAGCGUCAGAUUUGAAACUUCUAAACUUCAAAAGAUUGUGACUGACCUGGAGUCAGCGCUGGAAGCUGUACUCUGGGUCGACACUUCAGGAAUGGUCACCAUAGAGUCCCUAAAAGGUACAGUGCUGUACGAGUCGGAGCAAGUACUGAAUUGCACAUUUGAGGAGGCGUCAGGGAGUGCUGGCUGGAACAUGAGCACGCCGAAUCAGCGCUUUGAGCUCAACACAGGCAGUGUGGUGAAACUGGACCCCAACUGUGCCACAGCGACAUACAAGUCUUGUGUGUCAGUUACACUCCAGAAGGUGACAGGCGUCUGGUCAGGCACGUAUGAGUGUGGAUUCACCACGGGGUCGGUCAGGCACACAGCCAGGGCACAACUGAAAGUGGCGCUUCUGCCUGAUGUGAUCGCCUUGACAAUCGACCCUCUUACUGCAGACUGUUCAGCAGAGCCGGUCAAACCGACUAUAAAUAUAAAUGUCACCGCCACCAUCGCUAACAGCACAGAGAGCUUCAGCGUUUGGUGGAGCCUCAAUAAUGUAACGAAAGAGAAUCUAAAGAACCAAACUAAUGGAGAUAAGCUGGUCUAUAAUUUUAAUGCUCAUGUCAGUUGCACGAAAACCGAGAAAGCACAAUAUGUGAAUGUUACUUUUGAGAACACAAUAGGACAAAUAAGAACUGCACGAGUGGAUAUCCCAGUGAUUUAUGAGGGUGCACCGUUUUGCAAGCAAGAUCGGAUAAAUAAUGACUCAUGGCCAAAAACCCCAGCUGGAGCCACAGUGAUUAUCCGAACAUGUGAGGUGGGCAGGGUUGGCUAUAAGUCUCGCACCUGUAUACACCGUACCUGGAUGGAUGUGUUCUACUACUGCAUCGACGAAAACUUGAACAAAGUUUUAGAUGCUGCAGACAACUUCCAGAAGGGACUAGGGGCUACCCAGGCGGUGGCCAUGGAUAUAUUUGCAGGACUUAAGAACAGCUCUACUGCUAUGUUGGCUUCUAAUUCCGUUAACUCUAUGGGCGACAUUAGUGCCUCCGUCAAUGUUCUUAAUGGGAUGUCCACUGGAUCAAAAUAUGUUACCUUGCAAGAGGAUCUCCUUCCUGAUUUUGUUAAUGCAGCAAGCAAUAUGUUGAACAAGACCUGGGAGGGGUUCAACAAGUCUGAUAUUCAGAAAAUCUCAUCGACAUACCUUGAUUCUGUGGAGGGUCUGGUGAAGAAUAUCCAUGUCAACACAAGCAAAGGAAUGAAUAGUUCUAAUUUAGACCUCAAAUUCUGCUCUGGGAGUGACUGUAAUAUUUCUGUGUUUGAUGCGAACGUGAGCAUGAACAAGACCAAUGGAAUAAUGAAAACUGUUGCUGUGAAAAAUCUAAUGGAAAAAUUAGAAAACAACCAAACUGAAGUAACCAGCCUCUUGAUAUCGACCACACUUCAGGACAAUAAUGAUUCAUCUUUUGGAAUUCGACUGGAGUUCCCCCAGCAGCUGAAACCCAAAUAUAAACCUCUCUGUGUCUUCUGGGACACCACAACCAGCAAAUGGUCGAGUGAGGGAUGCACUGCCAAUUCUAGUGAUGGUAACCGCAUAGUCUGUGAUUGCAACCACCUGACUUCAUUCUCUGUCCUCAUGUCCAAAAGUGAUACAUCCGAUAAAAUCCUAGAUAUGAUUACCAACGUGGGCAUGGGUGUGUCCAUCUGCUCCUUGCUGAUCUUCCUCAUCAUUGAGUCUCUAGUGUGGUCGGCUGUGGUCAAGACCAACCUUUCCCAUUUCCGUCACACAGCCAUAGUGAACAUUGCCGUGUUCCUCUUGCUCGGUGACUGCAGUUUCUUGGCUAACAUCUUUCUUGAGAAUCUUGAUGAAAACUGGUGCCUAUUUUUGACAGUAUGUCAGCACCUUUUUUUCUUGGCCAUGUUCAGCUGGAUGCUGUGCAUGAGUGUCAUGCUCGUCCACCAGCUCAUCUUUGUCUUCAGCCCGCUAAGGAAAAGAGUCUUCAUGUUUUUGUCCAGCAUCGUGGGCUAUGUUUGCCCAAUGUUAAUAGUGGGAUGCAGCUAUGUGUAUUGCAAAUACACCAAGAAGCCCUAUUAUAGUAUGGAUACAUGCUGGCUCGUUUAUGAGAGCCUUCUGGUGGGUUCCAUUCAUGCUUUCAUCCUACCUAUUGGAACUGUUAUUUUGACAAACCUCUUCUCCAUGGUGGUCGUCAUGCUUACGCUCUUGAAGUCCUCGGCCCCGGAGGGCAGCAAGGCAGAUGACAAGGAGACAGCCAAAAGCAUCCUUAAAGUGGUGGUCUUUCUAACGCCUGUCUUUGGAGUAACAUGGGUUUUUGGCUUCGGACUGCUCCUACUGAACAAUAACACUAUCCACUUUACCAUUGUUAACUACAGUUUUACCAUCCUCAAUUCCUUCCAGGGCCUUUUCCUUCUGAUAACAGGGGUUUUUGCAGAGCAGAAGGUUCGUGAGGAAAUAUUUAAGAUCAUAGCGGGAGAAUCAAAAGGAAAAACUGAGACCUCUAAGAAUUUGAGUUCAACCACAUACACAAAAGACAAAUGAAGACCAAGAUUAUGGAGACGGAAACAGCAGCUCUUAUGUACAGUAUGCAGUGCCACUUGUAGCCUACAACUCUUAAGAGUCAAUAUUUUCACUAGACCAGGGGUCGGCAACCACAGGCCCCCAUUGGCACAUAGUGGCUCAACCAACGGCACCCUAGCAGUUAGUGCAAGAGGGUUUUUUGGAAAUGUUCCAAUCCCCAUGCCAAAUGAGCUCUUUCACAGCUAUUUGAAGAAGCACUGCCUGUUAUUUACGGUAGUUUUUCCCAUCUAUAUUCAGUGAAGGACCCCCCCUUUGCCUUUGAUUGGCUAAUACUUUUUGCUUUCUUCACAGAAUGCGGUGCAAUGGAAAAAAAUAACACUGCAUGUGUAGGCUCGGUAGACCAUUGCAAGCUUAAUACUCAUAUGUCAAACUGAUUAAGAACAUUUUAAAAUGGCAAAGCCUAUUAAAAAGGUUGCUGAACCCUGUACUAGACAGU